AUGGAGCUGAAAUGGCUACUGUAUGUGACCCUGGUCGCUCUUGGGACUCUUGCUGUCCAGGCACAUGAUAUGGAUGAUGACAAUAAUGGUGAUGAUGUAGUUGAUAUUGAGGAUGACUUGGAUGAUGGCAUUGAGGAGGCAGAAGAGUCAAAGUCUGAAAUGAGCACUCCUCCUCCAACUCCAAAGGUUACCUACAGGGCCCCAGUCCCAACCGGCGAGGUGUAUUUUGCGGAGUCCUUUGAUAAAGGAACUCUGGAUGGAUGGAUCCUUUCCAGGGCAAAAAAAGAUGAUACGGAUGAUGAGAUUGCCAAAUACGAUGGUAAAUGGGAAGUCCAAGACAUGAAGGACACUAAGCUUCCAGGAGACAAAGGGCUUGUACUGGUAACCCGAGCCAAGCAUCAUGCAAUUUCAUCCAAACUUUCAAAGCCUUUUGUAUUUGAUACCAAACCCCUUAUUAUACAGUAUGAAGUAAACUUCCAAAAUGGAAUAGAGUGUGGCGGGGCCUAUGUGAAAUUGCUUUCAAAAACCCCUGAAUUGAACCUGGAUCAGUUCCACGACAAAACUCCAUAUACAAUCAUGUUUGGUCCUGACAAAUGUGGAGAGGACUAUAAAUUGCACUUCAUCUUCCGGCACAAAAACCCCAAGACUGGCAAAUAUGAGGAGAAGCAUGCAAAGCGUCCAGAUGCAGACCUGAAGACUUACUUUACUGAUAAGAAGACCCAUCUUUAUACUCUGGUCUUGAAUCCUGAUAAUAGUUUUGAAAUACUGGUUGAUCAAACGGUUGUCAACAGUGGGAAUUUGUUAAAUGAUAUGUCUCCUCCUGUGAAUCCACCCCGAGAGAUUGAGGACCCGAAUGACCAGAAGCCUGAGGACUGGGAUGAGAGACCAAAAAUCCCAGACCCGGAUGCUGUUAAACCAGAUGACUGGGAUGAGGAUGCUCCUGCAAAGAUCGCAGAUGAAAAUGCUGUGAAACCAGAGGGCUGGCUGGAUGAUGAGCCAGAAUACGUAGCAGACCCUGAUGCUGAGAAGCCUGAAGAUUGGGAUGAGGAUAUGGAUGGUGAAUGGGAGGCACCUCAGAUUGCAAAUCCUAAAUGUGAGACAUCCCCUGGCUGUGGUACCUGGCAGCGACCGAUGAUUGACAAUCCAAACUACAAAGGCAAAUGGAAGCCUCCUAUGAUUGAUAAUGUCAACUAUCAGGGUAUAUGGAAACCUAGGAAGAUCCCAAACCCAGAUUUCUUUGAAGAUUUGGAACCUUUCAAGAUGACUCCCUUCAGUGCUGUGGGACUUGAGCUAUGGUCAAUGACUUCUGACAUCUUUUUUGACAACUUUAUUAUCUGUACUGAAAGAGCUGUGGCUGAUGAUUGGGCCAGUGAUGGAUGGGGACUGAAAAAAGCAGCUGAUGGUGCUGCAGAGCCUGGUGUUGUGGGCCAGAUGAUGGCAGCUGCUGAAGAGCGUCCCUGGCUUUGGGUAGUCUACAUCCUCACUGUGGCUUUGCCAGUGUUCCUUAUUGUCCUUUUCUGCUGUUCUGGGAAGAAACAGCCAAGUGCUGCAGAAUACAAAAAGACUGAUGCUCCUCAACCUGAUGUGAUGGAUGAGGAGAAAGAGGAAGAAAAAGACAAAGGGGGCAAGGAAGAGGAGGAGGAGGAGGAGGAAGCAAAUGAAGAAAAGCUAGAAGAGAAGCAGAAAAGUGAUGCUGAUAUAGGAAGUGCUAGUCAAGAGGAGGAGGAGGAAGAGGAGGAGGAAGAGGACAGGAAACCUGCAUCAGAGGAGGAGGAAACUGUGAAUAGAUCACCCAGAAACAGAAAGCCAAGGAAAGAUUGAAAAAAGUUAUAAGAACUUGAUCUGUGAUUUUUUUUUUUUCAAACAUGGUUCUGGGAGAGGACCUUGGACACCUUACAUUGAAACUUGGACAAACCUCAAGAUUUCACCAUCCACAGGUUCCAGUCACACUAUCCAAUGUAAUAGUGUCUAGCAGUAAAAUAUUUGCAAUCAUCUGUUUUAAAGAACAUCAUUCCUGUAGAAAGAAUGCAUUUAAUAUAAUGGGCUGUGGAUUUUGGAAUGUAACAUAACUAACCUUUUCAUUUUUGGUUUUAAAUAUUCUUUUCUGUUUUUAAGUAGAUUGGUAGAACUUUUCUGGUCUCAAACCUUGGCUUAAUUUAAUAUAUUAAUUAGUGAAAAAUAACAAUGAAUCUUGAAAGUGCUAGGUGAUAAAAAUGCAGUUUUAUAACUAGUUUUUUUUUACAAAUAUGUAAAUUCCUGAAUGCACCAAUGUCUUUAUAUCCCUUAAAAUUUGGUAAUUGUUUAAAGAAAAGUUGUCAAUGUAUUUGACAACCCCUCUGCUGUCAAAAGAAAAGAAAACUGGGGGGGAUGUAUGGGGAAAUGAGUAGUGAAACUCUCUAAUCAAUCAACUUCAUUCUUUUGGGGGGGAGGGGAAAGAGGAAGAAGGGGUGGAAGGAAGGGGUUAGUCAGUCUAUAGAAUGUGCAUACUGUGCAUGGCUAAAGCCCUGUUAAGUGUUGACAAAUGAUCUAGGAUUUGGAAUGGGUCAUCUUAAUGUGGCAUUUAAUCCUGCAGGCCUUGCAGAUAAUGGAUUUUGUUUAGUUCUUGAACUCUUUUUGUAAAGCUAAUGUGUUGUUGAGGGAGGGUUAGACUACUUCCCCCUUUCCCCUCUGUUCAGCCACUGAUGCUUUCCUUUCUCGGUGACUAUACAGCUUUUUCUGAGUGCGGCUUUGCCUCAGUUGCUGAAGCGCUUCAUGUUCAGCUCAUCGUCAAACUCUAUUUUUAUAGCUAGGCCUACUCCUUUCCAGGGUCCAAACACUGGGUAGGACAGUGUCCCAUAUCCUCUCACUGUUAUCACUGUAUGUCUCCUCCUGUAGAAAUGGGGGAGGUAGUCAGGUACACAAGCUGAAAUCAGUAUUUGUUGGGGGGGGGGGGGGGGUGGGAACAACAACCAACCAAGAUGUCAGUAUUGUAGGUGGGGAAGGAGCAUGUGGAAUAUCUUAACUGGUAUGUGAAACUGUUUAAGUCUUUUAUCUGCUCUUCAUGUAACAAAUGCAUCCUAAAUUAUAUUGUGAAUGUUAGGGAGUUCCAAUUCCAGCUGAAUAAAUUUUUUUAAAGCGUUGAGUCUACCAUAUUAUACUGUUUCAAACACUUUUUUUGGUGGAAUGCAGGUGAUCACUACAAGAGCAUACCUCUGAGGGUGAAAUCUAUGUAACUUCAUUACACUGUACCAAAUAUGUUGGCGUUUGGAUGUCUAUAUAGAUAAACUUUUGCCUUUGUUUAGAGUGAAAUUAAAUGUCCUGAAAUUACUCUUCUUGCACUGAAUUCAAACACUCCAGUGUUGUUUGGUCAUAGCAUAGGUAUAGUGUGGGGAAUAAUUCCCAGGGGUUGGGGAGGGAAGAGUGUUCCAAUUAUCUUGCAAACAAUCUAACUGAUUACUAAAAGACUCUUGUGGUUUUGGUUUUUUGUAAAACACCUUUUUGCUGCCUGUCCUUCUGUUGUAUCCCUUGGUUGUUGUGUUUGAAAUAUUAGUGAUCACAAAUGCAUAGCAGGAUUUCUUGAUCUUUCUGCAGUGUGCAAAUAAACUAUUGUAAGCAAGAUACUGGAAGUAAUUUCAGACUUCUGUUGGGAGCUAUUGCAUGUUUAGAAUGCCUUUGCCUGUUGAACACCUGGUAAAUACUGCUCCUUAUUGCAAAAAUAGCUUAUACUCUGACAUGGAAGAUGUCAUAGCUUAAGCAUUGCUACUAGCUUGUUCUCAGGACUGUAUUUUUAUCAAGGAGCAGCUGCUAUUUAUGACUCUCAGUCCUUUGAGAUGAAGUAUAUGUAAAUGAUUUCAAUUCAGCUAACAUUUUGAGCACAACAUAAAAAUCUAUUAAUCUAAUGUUUUUUAUCUUAAUAUGCAAAUUGCCUUAAAUUCCCAAACAAUUCAUGUGCAUACAUGUUCUUUCAAAGCAUCAAAAGUGAACUUAAGAUCUGCUAUCAGCUUUUAAAUAGUAUUAUAUUAAAGCUAAUUGUAAAUCUACAUUUGCUUCUGCUAAAUCUCCUGAAAAGGUCUCCUGUCUUGCAUGUUAUGGCUUUUUUUGAUACCAUAGUGUAUGCUUAAAUAAUCACUACAAUAAAUGAAGACUUUCCAAAAUGGAUAGACAACUCCAAAGUUACUUUUUAUCCUGCUUUCUGACUUGGGUGGCUCAGUUUAACCUCAGAAUCACUCUUAUUUUUAAAUCCUUUGAGGAAAAAUUAGCUAUCUGCUUAUCCUGAGUACUUUUAAAGCAUAGCUGUGUUUUUGAAGUACUGAAGCUCUACCUGGUUGUAACUCGUGAACUAGGUUUGGAACUGUUAAAAAUACUUGAGGGUGUAUUUGGGCCUUUUAUGUCUGUGCACCCAAGAGUGGCAGCUUCUGAAAAGGAUGCUCUGCUUAACUGAAUGUGUCUGAAGAUGGUGGGAGGUAACCUGGGAUCGUAAAUCAAAACAAAACCCUAGGGGAGUAGGUGCAGACAGGGUCUCAAACACAACCUGUUUUCAGCAUUUCUACUGCCUUUUCUCCUGGAGUUGGUGCUCAGUAAAGGUGCAGCUAACCAACUAACCCCUUCCAGAAGUGUCACUGGACGUGAUCUAGCCUUUCUGAGUCUGGCUAAUAGUGAAUUAUCACAGCUUGAGGCUGUGACCUGUAAAAUGCGUUGUGUAUGUCUGUUUUUAAGAUUGACUGCUGGGCCUGAGGGGGGAUUCUUGCAAGUGCUAAUUGCUAGUUAAUGUACAUCUCCGUGGUUGUCUCUCACUUGUCCCUUACUCCUUCCUCAAAAGCAGUGCUCCGCUUAGGCUGUGGUUACGUGUGUGGGGCUUGGGACCGCUCUCUCCAUCCCUAACUGCUCCCCAGUUAACACCACUAUUGCCUCAUGGUUUCAAAAAGGGGUUUUGGGUUUUUUUUUUUGUGUGUUGCUGAACAAGGACUGUGAUUUCAUUUGCAGAAAACACCUGUCCAUUUCAAAAUGGUACCUGUAGAUGCAACUUGAG